CCGCCCUCACACGAAAUGGCCGCCUGGGAGGCGGGCGCCGCGCGGCACGCUGGGAGCGGCAGUGCGGCGAGGGAGGGCUGUGGGGUGGGGCCCGUGGCGGCGGCCGGAGCCCGUCAGGCGAGAGCGCGGCCCGGCCCAGCCCGCCCGGCAGUGCCCGCCGGUUCCUGUGGGGAGCUCGAGCGCCGCCGCUCUGCGCCUCAGCAGCCGCCGCCAUGUUCUCUUUUAAUAUGUUCGAUCACCCCAUCCCUCGGGUUUUCCAGAACCGCUUCUCAACCCAGUACCGCUGCUUCUCGGUGUCCAUGCUUGCCGGGCCUAAUGACAGUAAUUAUGCCACCAUCAGCUUUGGAUCAACUCAGCCGACUUAAUAUUACAUAUCCAAUGCUGUUUAAGUUGACCAAUAAAAAUUCAGACCGAAUGACACACUGUGGAGUGCUUGAGUUUGUGGCUGAUGAGGGCAUAUGUUACCUUCCACACUGGAUGAUGCAGAACUUGCUGCUGGAAGAGGGAGGUCUGGUACAAGUGGAGAGUGUUAACCUUCAAGUUGCUACUUACUCAAAAUUUCAGCCACAGAGUCCGGAUUUUCUUGACAUCACCAAUCCCAAAGCUGUAUUAGAAAAUGCAUUGAGAAACUUCGCUUGUCUAACUACUGGGGAUGUCAUUGCCAUCAACUACAAUGAAAAGAUCUAUGAGCUCCGGGUAAUGGAGACCAAGCCAGACAAGGCUGUGUCCAUCAUAGAAUGCGAUAUGAAUGUGGAUUUUGAUGCUCCUUUGGGGUACAAAGAACCAGAAAGAAGUGCACAACAUGAAGAGACCACAGAUGUUGAAGAAGACCAUAGUGGAUAUGUGAGUGACAUAGGAUUUCGUGCAUUCUCCGGUUCUGGGAACAGAUUGGAUGGCAAGAAGAAAGGUGUUGAGCCCAGUCCAUCACCAAUUAAACCAGGAGACAUUCGAAGAGGAAUACCCAACUAUGACUUCAAGAUUGGUAGAAUCACAUUCAUUAGAAACUCUCGUCCACAAGUUAAGAAAGUUGAAGAGGAUGAGUCUGGAAGUCGGUUUAUUGCCUUUUCAGGAGAAGGCCAGUCCCUGCGCAAGAAAGGAAGAAAACCCUAAAUUGUGGUACCUUUAGUCAGUUAGGAGGAAAAUAAAAUAACAAUUGCAGCAUAUUGGAUCUUAGUUCUUGCAAUUGAGAGGAGAGAUCAUUUUGCAACACAAGAACACUUCUACUAGUUUUGGUUUUGCAUUUAAAACUGGAGCUGUCAGACUGUCUGAAUUUUCUGUUGAAAAUUAAGGUCUAGGAAUUCUGAGGGAGUUUUGUGUUGUGAAGAGGGGAAAGUAGAUCUCAGAUAAACCUGAGGAGUAAAGCCAAGGAGGCCUACCUUCCUGAAAGGUCUGGUUCUUAGACUACAUCCAUCCCUUUUAUACCCUGAGCGAUUAUGGUUUCAUGUUGCUCUGUGCUUGAUAUUUUCCUCCCUUUAUAUGUAUUUUGCCACAAUUCUGGGUAAGCUUUUCGGUGUGGUGCAAAUGAAGGCUAACUCUUGGGCGUUUAAGGCUUUUGUGCAGGACCCUCUUUGAUCUUAGCUUCAGGUUUUGGAUUAUAAAUCAUUCAAAGCAAUCCCCCUGUAAUUGCUUUUUAUAUUUAUAAUUAAUAACAUGCCUUUUACUAGUUCAGAUACAGUAACGUACUGUAGCAAUUUAAUGGCACAUGGAGGGAGAGGUGACACCCAGUGGGUACUGGGGAGGGAGUACAAAGCUCUGGUGUCACAUGCUUCAGAACAGUGAUGUCAGUAAUAACUUGCGCAUCCUUUUGAGUGCUGGCAUGUGGUUAAUGAGCUUUAGGGGGGUAACUGGGUGCAACCCCUGUGCUCCCUGCUGAAAGGCCGAGUAAAGGUUCCUUGAUAACCA